CCUCAUCAACAUCAACAUCAACAUCUACCCGCAAUAUCCCGGAGUUCUCUAUUCUCGGACCUAGAGUCUUCUACUCUCGCAGUCACCCUAUCACGCUCCGAAUUCAGGUGUUCGCUUGCUCGGCUCAUUACAAACUAUGGCCUCCCAAUCUGAUAAACAACCAUCCUCAUCCGAUCAAACCAACCCCAAUGCCUGGGAGCGGGUGGAGCGGAAAUUCACCAGCAAAACGGCAAGCGAAUACUUUGACCCAUGUCAAGAUUUCGCAGAUCGAAGCCUAAAGUGCAUGAAGCGCAAUGGUUUUGAUAAGGAGAUGUGCUCGGAUUAUUUCCAGGCUUAUCGAGAUUGUAAGAAGGAAUGGUUGACACAAAAGAAGCUUGGCUCGUCUGCAGCCAAACGCUGAUUUGAGGGCUUCUUGGGGCUCUCUAUACUGCACUGAUUGCAUUUGGAACUGCCACCAUCAUAAUCGCCCUGUUAUCACGCCUGUGUUUAUCAGCCUUUCAGUAUCGUCUGUGCCAGAACCAUGCUCUUACUUAUCUCUUGCUCCCAUUGGCGAGCUAUAUUUUUCGUUCAGAUCUAAGGCAUUAGCAUGGAUGCUACUUGUCAGCGGUCCGGGUUAUGCACCAGCAAGCCGCCUAUGUGUUCAGUGACUUGAUAAAAACUGUAUUUCCACCACUAGCUGCUGCUAUCGGGAAAGCGAUUACUGUUUCUGUCAUGGAAUACGUGCUAUCCUUCACUAUAUUCCAGCUCGUCUGUACAGUGAAGGAGGCCUCAUUUUGGCAUGGUCUUGCCUGGCGUUCUCAAUUCGUGACUUCAGUCAUUUGUCUAGUCUCUGUUCUCUGUAUAUUAUAUGUGUCACUAUUAUAAUGAUCCGGUUUCCAAAUCUUUUCAGC